ACCGGAGGAAGUUAUCCAAAUGGUGGCUUGCAAGCCAAGAACCGCCAUUGAAUUCGUUUAUUCCUCCAAAUCCCAUCCCUCAAAAUUGGCAAUUGAACCCUAUAAAUUCACCUCUUUGUCGUCCCUAAUCCUUCGUCUUCCAGUUUUUCUUUCAAAGCUCUUUUUUCCCAUCUCGUUGCGCUCUUUCUUCAUCUCAAGAUGCAAAUCUUUGUAAAAACUCUAACCGGCAAAACAAUCACCCUCGAGGUGGAAAGCUCAGAUACAAUUGACAAUGUUAAGGCUAAGAUUCAAGAUAAAGAGGGAAUUCCACCCGACCAACAAAGGCUUAUCUUUGCUGGUAAGCAACUUGAGGAUGGCCGAACGCUGGCCGAUUACAAUAUCCAAAAGGAAUCUACACUCCAUUUGGUGCUUCGACUUCGCGGUGGGAUGCAAAUAUUUGUGAAGACCCUUACUGGCAAAACCAUCACCCUUGAGGUGGAAAGUUCUGACACAAUUGACAAUGUCAAGGCUAAAAUCCAAGAUAAGGAGGGUAUCCCGCCUGAUCAACAGAGACUAAUUUUCGCUGGUAAGCAGCUCGAAGAUGGUCGAACUCUUGCCGAUUACAAUAUUCAGAAGGAAUCUACUCUGCAUUUGGUUCUUCGACUUCGUGGGGGUAUGCAAAUUUUUGUUAAAACUUUGACUGGAAAAACAAUUACAUUGGAGGUAGAAAGUUCAGAUACCAUCGACAAUGUGAAAGCUAAGAUCCAAGACAAGGAGGGCAUUCCACCAGACCAACAGCGGUUGAUCUUUGCUGGUAAGCAGCUCGAAGAUGGUCGAACUCUUGCUGAUUACAACAUUCAAAAGGAGUCGACGUUGCAUUUGGUGCUCCGAUUGCGCGGUGGAAUGCAGAUUUUCGUGAAGACAUUAACGGGGAAGACGAUCACAUUGGAGGUCGAAAGCUCGGAUACGAUCGACAACGUGAAGGCGAAGAUUCAAGACAAGGAGGGCAUUCCACCAGACCAGCAGCGUUUGAUCUUUGCUGGUAAGCAACUGGAAGAUGGUAGGACUCUAGCAGAUUACAACAUCCAAAAGGAGUCGACGUUGCACUUAGUGCUACGACUGCGCGGUGGAAUGCAGAUCUUCGUGAAGACGUUAACAGGGAAGACAAUCACAUUGGAGGUUGAGAGCUCGGACACGAUCGACAACGUGAAGGCGAAGAUUCAAGACAAAGAGGGGAUUCCUCCAGACCAACAAAGGCUGAUCUUUGCCGGAAAACAAUUGGAGGAUGGUAGAACUUUGGCUGAUUACAAUAUUCAGAAAGAGUCCACCCUCCACCUUGUUCUCCGCCUGCGCGGUGGCUCUUAGGGUGGCUCCGCCCUGUUAUUGCUGGACUUGUGGUUUCCCUUGGCCCCUUCUGAAUGGUUUUAAUAAGUCAGAACUCAUUUUUUUUCUUUUAUUUCUUUUAUUUCAGCGUCUGUUAUAUAUAAAUAAUAAUAUGCUGUUUGUUGCAAUGGCCUAACGGGCCAUGUUAAAAACGGCUUCUAAAAUGAAUGUAUUAUUAUGAAUUUUUAAAUUAA